ACCUGACGUAGUUAUAGAUAAUGCGCAAGUGCAGAAAGUUUGAGGUUAUGUAAUUCCUAACAAUUUGAUUUAUUAGUUGAUUCGGUUUAAAAUGAUGAAAGGUUCAAUAAUUACGUUAAUUCUCACCUCCCUUUGUGCCACAAAAUGCCUUUCCGAAUUCACUACAGAAGACUGUUGGGCCCUCGGCUUCAACAAGGCAAAUUUGUUGUGUUCGUCAUGUGAGCAGCUCUCUAAAUUCAAUCUGGACGUGAUAAAGGACCAUUGCAAGGAGUGUUGCCACCAGGACGAGUCAGCCACCGUGGAAAAGAAAUACGCAAAGGCGGUUCUAGAGGUUUGUACUUGCAAAUUUGGGGCGUAUCCGCAGAUUCAGGCGUUUAUUAAAAGUUCCCGGCCUUUGCAAUUUCCUAACCUACAAAUUAAAUACGUAAGGGGGCUUGACCCCAUCAUUAAAUUGUACGACAAGGAUGGGACGUUGCAAGAGACCGUUGCUAUUGAAAAGUGGAACACUGAUUCAGUUGAGGAGUUCUUGAAAACUCACUUACAACAAGACGAUGAUGAUUAUUUAAGAACAAAUAUGAUUUAGCUAUAAUAAAAAACGAGUGAUUUGGAA